GUGCUUGGUCGCUUUGGAUAUAAAAUAGCACGGAGCGCCUCUGUCCGCCCAUCAGUUCUUCUGAGCCGACUGAAGGAACAGCACAAUCAACCAUGAUUGCAGUUCUGUGCCUCUUCGCCGCUCUUGUAAGCAACGCCUUUGCGGUUUACGUCCCCACCUACAGCCUACCGUUGGCUGGCUACCCCACCGUCCCGGCUGUCGCGACAGUUCACGCUGCUCCCGUGGCUGCGGUACAGACGGUUCAUAGGGCGGUGCCAGCUACACGCAUUGUCCUCAACGUGGCUACCCCGUUCGGUUACCGCACCACGGGCGUCAGCUACAGCCACCGAGUCGACGCCCACCCGGUGAAACUGCGCUACGUCUACGGCCUCACCCCGUACGGCCUCAACUACGGCUACGGGCUUGACGCCUUCGGGUACCCCACCGUGCUGAAGAAAUGAAACAAUCUCGGCAAGCAACUCCGUGACAGCCUAACAGCAACAAUCCGUGUGAUGACAUAUUCGUGACAACAGACAACACUAGAUGUUUUAGUCCAUGUUUGUUACUUUGUUAACUCGUUUACAGUUUAGAGGACGAAUAAAAGCGGAACAAU